AUAAUUUAUGACAUUAGCAUCUGGUUGUUUAUCUGCGCUACCGGGGUCCAUCUUGGUCGGCUUUGGGGCAUACAUAUUGCUUCGUAACAAAAAAUGUCUGUCAUCAUUCGACUCCAAAACCUACCAAUUUCAGCGAACGCCUCAAAUAUUCGACGCUUUUUCAGCGGGUUAUCCAUUCCUGAAGGGGGCGUGCACAUCGUCGGGGGCACGGAAGGUGACGCAUUUAUUGCCUUUGCUACAGAUGAAGAUGCAAGAAAAGCUAUGCUGCUUGAUCGACAAACGAUCAACGGGGCAUCUGUUCGCCUGUUUCUGAGCAGUAAAGCCGAAAUGCAGUCAAUAAUCGAAUCUGCAAAAACUUCAGCCUUAUUUUCCAGUGGAGGAAAUCCGGUUUUAUCUCAAUCUAUCUCUCAAAAGACUGAAACUAUGCAUGCACUAGAUGUGACAGCUCCUACACUGCCCAGUUCCUUCCCAUCGUAUCGUAAUGGAGCCACUCGUGAAUCAUUUGAUGACUCCUCCAAGCAGUAUCCUUACACCUAUAGCAAAGGUGUAACCCUGGAUCCCCCUCGUGGACAAAUUGAAUCAGCUGAACGUAACAACCCGGACAAAUAUCCCGAAAAUUUACCUCCAGACAGACCUCAUUUUAGUCAGGAUCGAGAUUAUAGUUACAAUAACCAACCUAACAUGCAUUCAAGGUAUGAUGCGAUACGAGACUUCCCACCGACUAACGACUAUGGUUCAAGAGAUACUUACUUGAAUAACCGAAGUGACUUAGGACAUAGAUCUUAUCGCGAUGAUUACGAUUAUAGUAGGCACCCGCCAUCGGUUACUUCUGAAGACAACUUCGUCCCGAGAGGCAAAGACAAUGAAGGCAAAAGUAGUCCAAGGGACUCUUAUGCUGAUCAUUAUUCUGCGCUACACGUCUCGGAUGGUAUGACGACAGAUUAUGAUAAGUACCGUGCACAAUCUCCUAGAGUAUUCAAUGAUCGGUUCCCUCCACAUGAUAUUCAAUCACGUGAAUUUGGUCAUGGAAAUACCCACCCGUUUCCAUCAGAAUUUAGAAGUGGCCCGGGUCAUCCGCUUGAUCGUGAAACUGCAUGCACUAAUUCUAGGUUGCAAGAGGAACGCGAUUUUUCCGUUAGACCUCCGUGGCUCAAUGAUAAUCCACCCGUUUCAGGACCAAAGCGUCCAUUCCAGCAUCAGACUUCAGACUUUGAAGAGUACCCACGAAAACGUCGACCACAACCCUCAUCAUAUACUCGCCCAUCUGACAUAGUGCCUGGAGAAACUGAUUACGUAUUAAGAGUUUGUUUGCCCGCCCCAGAAGCUGGGAUAAAGACUGUUUUCGAAGUUUUACGUGGUGUCCAAGUUGUUCCAAAAUGGGGUAUCCGGGUUGAAGAAGAUUUGCUACAACGUCCCACUGGGUAUGUGUUUAUAAUGAUGACAACUCGUGAUUCGUAUGAACGAGCACUCAGUUUUAAUAAUCGUCCUCACAAAGGAGACGUGAUAAAAGUAGUCAAAUGUACCCUAAGUGAAUUUUACAGUGUUAGUGAUACAAACUUUACUUCAAAAUGCCCUCCAGAGGCUGCCAAAAAACUUCCACCACCUGAUCAGUCCUACCCUCCUCAUUACAACGAUGGUUGUCUUGAGCUAGCUGAGCUCCCAUCUGAUACCACCAAGACAGAAGUAGUUCGGUUUUUGGGUGCUCCUGGUCUAACUUGUGAAAAUGUUGUACUGGCUCGGUUCCCUCCAAAUGAUAAGUCUGCACCACGCAGUACCAACUUAACUAGGGCACUAGUUACGCUUCCUUCUGCAGAGGAUAUCAAAAUCCUUCUUUCUGCCAAACCACGGCCAUUUCGACCAGAUGUGGGACUUCCAUCAGUGCGCUUAACACCAAUAUCAAAGUUGCAAGUCACUGCUUAUUCAGCCUUAGCGAUCGGUAGUAAAUCUGAAAGUACUAAAGAGUCUAUCAAACCACCUGUUUCUCAUGAUGUCGAUUCGGAGCCUACUAAACCACCUGGUGGCUUUUUGACAUGUGCUUGUGUCAGUGGGUUUUCUCGCACAGUGAAAGAUUCUGAAGUUCUGAAUCUGUUUCCGUCCAUCCUGAUUCCUGGAGAUGCGGUACGACUGGCUCCUGAUGCUAAUAUUGCUUUCAUUGAUUUCAUUAGUGAGAACAACUGUCGUCGUGCUGUAAAUGAAGCAUCGACUGAAGGUUCUAAGGCAAAACAGUCACAUCCAUCUCUUCAUAUAGAAGCCAUUUCUCGAGAGGAAAUGCUGAGCCGUUUGGGUGCCGAUCCAAAAGAUGAACAACUGAACUUUGACAGACCUGGAAGAUCUCGUGACAGAGAUCCUCGGGAAUCCCGCAUCCAUUGGGACCAACGCCAGCGUCCGUCACCUUCGAAUCCAUUUGAGGGCCGUCCCCCAAGUGUAGGCAGAGCUAAGUACGAUGACUCUUACUAUGACCGCCCCGCUAUACCUGCCCCUUUUGAUGACCAUCACGACUCCUUCCGUAGGUUCCGCCCGCCUGUGGAUAAUUUACAUUCUAUCCCACCACACCAAUCAGAUAUUUCAUCUGUUCCGAGGCAACCUGUUCCUCUUCCACAUCGUCGCCCUGUUCCUGACUUUGUUACAGUUUUUGUCGGCAAUCUUCCACCCGCAUGUACAGUUGAUCAACUAGCUGGAAUAAUGCGGGAUUAUUACUUCGUUCCGGGUUCGAUAAGACUACGCCGUGAUCCUCAAGGGCAGUUUGUUGGUGAAGCGUUAGUUGAUUUCAAAACAAGUUACGAAGCUGAUAGGGCGCUCAGAGGACUAAAUGGAUAUCGAGUAGCUGGUCGACCCUUGGUAUUGCAUUUUGAUCACCGGAAGUAACAGUUUCGUGGACAUCGAUCGAGGGACCUUAUGGCUUGUGGUGUUCUUUCAGCAUGGAUUCCUCACUAUAAUUCGUUUCAAUUGGAACUGAAUCAAUUCGUGUAUUUUUGUGAAGCAGUAGUCACAGUGUGUAGUUGACAGACUCUAAUUCAGCCUAUUACCAAUUCUUCAGUCCAAUUUGUCUUUUGUGUACAAACCUACUCGAUCGGAAAAGAGCUUUUUUACUGUAGUUCCUCUAUGACUUUUCUACUCGUUUGACCUGUUGUUACCGUUGCUGUUAUGUGAUCGGGUUUUCCUAUUUGGCUCUAAAAUAAAUUCGGUUUGUCUGUAGUUUUAUUUGUGUUGAACGAGUGGAUUGUAGGUGUGUUUAUAUUUGGAUUUAGGGUUGAAAUGGUAAUGAAACAGCAUAUUUAGUGAGAAUAGAAUACUUUUGCGUACACUGAAUUGAUGGAGGUUGUAUAGACUUCAGUGAAUGUUUCUUGACUUGACAUUGAUGGUUUUUAUAAAAGUAAAAGUUGAUGGUUCUUUUCUCUUAUUAUUUGUACAUAGCGUAACUACAAUAAUACAAUAUCCUACUAGGCUCAGUAAGAUCGUUGAGGUUUUUUUUAUCGACUGUGGAACUUGUAGUCGAAAUGAGAAUUCCGACAACGAUAGGAUAAUUAGUCAAGUUUUAAAUUUGAAUGGAAGGAUUAAGAGUUACAUGUGAGCAAUGCAUUAGUGUAGGUCGGUAUAAGAUGCAGUUGUUUGCAUUAACGUAAUUUUGACCUUUAAGAACUACCCUAUAAGACUAGUAAUGUACGUUCUCAUUUAAAGUUGUCACGGUUCCUGUAAAAGCAUUUUAAUCGGAGCGAAUUUGUUUCCUUACGAACUUUUGAUUUGAAUUUCAUAUUCACAAGACAGUCAAGCGACGUGAGAAAUUCGUUGGUUGGGUAGCAGGUGAUAGAUGUGCGUUCACUUACGAUCAUGGCGAUAAUAUAUUCGAGGUUUUCCAAUUAUAUAGCCAUUGAACUGACUUCACCACUGGACAUUCAUGUACUAUCCUUCCCUUUAGUGGAAGAACUCACCACAAUAAUGUGGUGAGGCUAUAAACGCUCGACCGUGUGAAGCGUAUUUUAUGGAAAAUAGCUGCGCCCAUCAAGUAAAAAAGAAUAUUACAACUGAGCUCAGCUCAGGUCGUGUUGUUAUUGUUAUAGACUCAUGCGUAGAUCAUAUUUAGUCAUGAAAAUGGUAAAUGAAGGAAAAUAGGCCUCGGAACGUAGUGAUUGCCUCGGUGACGAAAUGAAUUAUAGAUGUUAGUCGUUUAUUACAAUAGUUUCAUUGUCGGUUGAUCAUCUGUUAUUACUUAUUCCAGUCCUUAGUUGGUAUGUUUUUUUUUCUGGACUGACGAACUUAGUGUUAGCUAAUUUAAUUGAAGUUUUCAGCAUUUCAUUGUUUACAAAUAAGGCUCUGUUGUUGAGAGUAUUUUUUUUCUCUAAAGAUAUUGAUUUGUUAUGCGUUUGAGCUGGACCGAACUGGAGACAAGUUUUUUUUCUUUUUGUGUUUAACGAGUAAAUGAACGUUAAGUUUUGUCAAAUUAAGUAACGCUCAUGUUAAUUUGCAAGUGAUAGAUUGAGUUAGGUAAAUGUAACAAUCAAAACUUGUAAUGAUCUACUAAAUUCUGUGUUGUAUAUCGUUUUGUGGAAUAACCUGUUUGUCUUGACUUGUGAACAAAAAGUGGUAUAUAAGUUGAAUGAAAUAACGCCGGGAAAUAAAGUUACUCGACUGAAUACCAUAUUAACAAUAUUUCAGGAAGAUACUUGGACACUUGAUGAUUAUGAUUGAAUGCCGCUUUAUAUUCAAGUAUUAUAUUCUUUGUAAAUGGUUUUACUUACACUAAACGUAUAUAGGUUACUUAAAUCUCAACAUUAUGGGAAAGUAGAUGUGGUUGAUAGGGGUUUACCGAAACUAGUUGUUUUAUAAGUAUGGUAUAGCUUGUUGAAAUAACUGUUAUUUAAUGUAUUCUGUACAUUUCUACUGUUUGGAAAUGAAUACAAACUAUAGAUGCCAAGAAAUGUUGCGCAAAAUAAUUGAAUAUUGUCAAAUUUUGCACUUGAUUUAAGUCUGAUUGUAAUAAUUUGCACUUGUUCAUAAUCGGUUAAUUAUGUAUUGUUAAAAGAAAAGAAGAAUUUAAGGCUUCUAGUAUAUUGAUUAUUGUUUGGUUAAUAACUGCCGCGUGCAAGAUUUGGUUCUGAGGUGUAAAGAAGGCGGAGUGACACUAAUUUGACUAAUGGAUGUUAAGUUGUUGCAUAAGUGAUGGUUUAUGACUGGUUGGUCAUAAACCGUUAUUACUAUUGAUAUUAAAAUAUUAAGUAACUUAGUUAUUGAGAAUUAUGAAGCAUGUCGAAAUAUGUAUUUUGUAUGUUAUUACGUUAGCGAGUUGAUUUAAUGCGAAUUCGCUAAAGCAGUUUAGGUUUGUGCAAGGGCUUUCUAUGCCACGAAUCAUGGAUUAAAUGACAAUAGUCAUUACUACAAGUGUUAAUCAUCUGAUCAGGCUAAUUGAAAUGGCUCAGAUGAGUGGUCGGUGACUGAGAAAGUGUUGGGCGGUAAAAACUCUUGUCGCAACAAUUAUUGCAUAAAAAAAAAUAAGCACAAAAGAGUUGAACUCUAGAACAAUACAUUU